AUUUUAAAGGGAGUUUGGCGCUGCGCUGCGUUCUAAAGAAUGUUGUAGAAAUGAAUGAGUAUGGAAUGAUUUGGAAAAGGAAUUACGCAUCUUAUUUAUGAAUAGUUAUUUUUGACAUUAUAAGUCGUGAGAUAACUUAGUAUUGUUUUGUUGUUGUUUAUUUUGUGGUUGCUCUUUGCCUCUGGGCUGGCAGCUGCCGGGUGACGUACUCAUAAACAUGGCCGCUCUCAGAGCUAAGCGGUAUCAUAGUUGUAAACACUCGUUGAAAGUAAAUUUGAAGCAUGGUCUGAAGCCAUUAAAGUGCACCGUUUAGGCAAAUUCCUCACAUGACGCGACAUUGAAAUCGGCUGUAGUCCUACUAACAGAACCGCAAAGUCGACCACAGUAGGGGCUUAUAACGAAAUGUUAUCGUUAGCUAAAUUUAGCUAGCUGUUAAAAUGUCGAGGUUUUGGCUUGCUCCCUGUUUCUUCUCUCGAGCUGGACCGCAGGAAAAUGCCAGUUGAAGGUUAUUUGGACGUCUGGCAUCGCAAAAAAUGCAGCAUAAGUAUCUCCUUUUGUUUGGGCCCACUUUGUUAUCAACUGCUAUGUUUUGAGGGAGCUUGUAUAUGCGAUGACAAAUUAUGUUUUCCCCCCCACCCUAUGUCCAGCAGCCACAAUGAAUACAGUUUGAAGCACAUGAGCAGCUCCAUGGGCGGCAGGAGACAGAAAGCAGAGGAUGGCGGAGAGCAGACUCUUAUUGCACCUCUACGUCCUACUGGUGGGGAUUUCGUGGACCAAGAUGCCUCCACACCAGGGUUCGUCUACGUGUUGGCGUUCUUCUCUGCCCUGGGAGGAUUUCUCUUUGGUUAUGACACCGGUGUGGUCUCCGGGGCUAUGCUGCUCCUGAAGGAGGAGAUGAACCUGAGUGCUCUGUGGCAGGAGCUGCUGGUCUCCAGUACUGUUGGGGCUGCGGCGCUCUCUGCCCUGAGCGGAGGCUUCUUAAAUGGUUGGCUGGGGCGCAGGAUCUGUAUCCUUUUGGCCAGUUUCAUCUUCAGCAUCGGUGGCAUCAUCUUGAGUUUAGCCCCGGACAAGGUGGUUCUUCUUGUGGGCAGAAUCACAGUUGGUUUGGGCAUAGGCAUUGCCUCUAUGACAGUUCCUGUAUACAUUGCCGAGGUUUCUCCCCCUCACCAGAGAGGUCAGCUGGUCACCAUAAACUCCCUCUUCCUCACUGGUGGCCAGUUCAUUGCCAGCGUAAUCGAUGGAGCUUUCAGCUACAUGAGCCACGACGGCUGGAGGUACAUGCUGGGUUUGUCCGUUGUCCCAGCAGUGCUGCAGUUCGUCGGCUUCCUCUUCCUGCCUGAGAGCCCUCGUUGGCUUCUCCAAAAGGGCAGGAACCAAGAGGCCCGCCAGACUCUCAGCCGGAUUAGAGGGGGCCAGAACAUUGACGAGGAGUACGACACCAUCAGAACCACCAUCGAGGAAGAGGAGAAAGAGACUGGUGGAGGACGCUUUGUUAUUUUGCGGAUCCUUCGCCAUGGCCCGACUCGAAGGGCUCUUAUCGUUGGCUGCGGCCUCCAGAUGUUUCAGCAGCUGUCUGGGAUCAACACCGUCAUGUACUACAGUGCAACCAUUCUGCAGAUGGCGGGAAUACGGGAUGUUAAACAGGCAAUCUGGCUGGCUGCUGCAACUUCUGCUACCAACUUUGUGUUCACCUUAGUUGGAGUCUGGCUGGUGGAGAGAGUGGGCCGCAGGCACCUGACCCUUGGCAGUCUUUUUGGUACUGCUCUGAGUCUGACUUUGUUGGCAGUCGGAUUCUUGCUGUCUGCCCAGUAUUCUCCGCCUAUCACCCUCCACCCAGUCGACUCUCAAAACUCAACCUGCAGAUUGUAUGGGUCCUGUGAAUUCUGCAUGUUGGAUCCGGACUGUGGAUUUUGUUAUCGUGAAAACGGCACCGCAGUGUACAACUCCUCCUGCAUUCCUGUCAAUCAAGUGUCCACAGAAGACGCCGCCUGGGGAAGGUGUUCCAACCAGACAGAGGCAACUGAUAGCCCCAUCUGGGCCUACAACUACUGUCCAACAUCAUACUCGUGGGUCGUCCUGCUGGGCCUCAUCCUCUACCUUGCAUUCUUUGCUCCAGGUAUGGGCACCAUGCCUUGGACAGUGAACUCCGAGAUCUACCCACUGUGGGCUCGCAGCACCGGCAACGCCUGUUCAGCCGGGGUCAACUGGAUCUUCAACGUCCUGGUGUCUCUGACCUUCCUUCAUGUCGCCGAGUAUCUGACCUAUUACGGGGCGUUCUUUAUGUACACCGGCCUGGUUGUUUUGGGUAUCCUCUUCGUCCAGGGUUGCCUCCCAGAGACCCGGGGCCUGCAGCUGGAGGACAUUGAUAACCUGUUCACCGGUCAGCUCUGCUCCUGUGGAGCCUCCUCACCCCGUGACAAAGGCCACGUCCACUACAUUCGGGUAAAAGGCAGCAACCACCUCCACUCUGACAACGACGCUUCAGAUGUAGAUUAGACUGGGAAGGUUGUCUCUUUCCACUCUGUCCUUUGGUUGGCUGAUGUGGGGAGGAGAGGUAAUCAUGUGGCCUUCUGCUGGAUGCAAUCAAACACCGGCUAAAAAGGCCUGAGCUCUCCGGUGAUUGGCUAGAAGUGGAACUCCCCCCCCCCCCUCCUUUUUCCGUCUGCCUUUGUCUCACCUGGGAGUUGGUCUGCUUUUCAGUUUUUUGCUUUUAGAUAGAUCAAUACUUUAUUCAUCCUGAGGGCUUUUGUGCAUUCUUCCUGUUUCCCAUCAUUCCCUCUGUCAUCAUAAACGGGAACUACUGGAGGGUUAUGGUGAGCAGUGUUGAUUGGAAAGGUGUUGCUGGGAUAAUGAUUAUCCCAGGAGAGUUAUGGUAUGUCCUAAAAAAAUCAGGUGACACAAACCGGAUUAUGGUACUUUAAAGGAACACGCCGACUUAUUGGGAAUUUAG